AUGUACCAAAACCCGUUCUCUGGCACCUUCUUCUUGGACUGGGCCAUAUGGGCUCGCUUAAGUCUUAUUCUGGCUGGCUGCUUCAUCAUUGUCCUCACGACCGCCUACAUCGUCAAGUUCAAAUCAUGGCUCCAGGACAGAAGAUUUGAGAAGAAAGCCGCCCAGCAGGAAGAACGAGGGGAAACGGCCUUUGUGAGCCAUGCUGGUGAUAAGAUACCAUUCGGCAUCCGUGCAUUGAUUGAAGAUGCCCAAAUCGAGGGUGUGUGGCAUUCGCGCCCACUAACACCACUCAAUCCAAAUGACAUUCCAGACCACACCUUGGUCUCAUUUGACGGCCCUGCCCCGACUACUCACACGAGAGGAGGUUCUUCAGUCUCGUCCACGGCAGUUCCUGAAGCCGCUGACAUAGACAAUGGUUCACCAUAUGGUUGGCAUGAACUCUCCGCUGUAUCUUCAAGUGCUAAUCUGUCUCCAUAG